GCGGUUUCUGCCCAGCCUCGCGUCCUCAUGCGGCUCGCCGACGGGGCGCGCAGCCCGGGAAGCAUCUGCCCAGAGGCGCUCGCCAGGGGCUUCUCCAACCGGACCUUCGAGUUCGACGACGGCGGCUGCACCCCCAGGCGGUCCUGCGCGCCGGACGGAGGCCGCGGGGACGUGCUCCUGGACGCAGCCAGCCUCAACAUGAACGACCUGGACACCGAGGUGCUGCCCUUGCCGCCGCGGUACCGCUUCCGAGACCUGCUUCUGGGUGACCAGCCUUUCCAGAACGAUGACAGGGUUCAGGUGGAGUUCUAUGUCAACGAGAACACCUUCAAAGAGCGCCUCAAGCUGUUCUUCAUAAAAAACCAAAGAUCCAGUCUGAGGAUCCGGUUGUUCAACUUCUCCCUCAAGCUCCUCACCUGCCUUCUCUACAUCGUCCGCGUCCUACUGGACAAUCCAGACCAGGGCAUCGGAUGCUGGGGCUGCAUGAAGUAUAAUUACACCUUCAAUGGCUCAUCCUCGGAGUUCCAUUGGGCCCCCAUCCUGUGGGUGGAGAGGAAGAUGGCUCUGUGGGUGAUCCAGGUCAUUGUGGCCACAAUAAGCUUCCUGGAGACCAUGCUCCUCAUUUACCUCAGCUACAAAGGCAACAUCUGGGAGCAGAUUUUCCAAGUGUCUUUCAUCCUGGAGAUGAUCAACACGCUGCCCUUCAUCAUCACGGUCUUCUGGCCGCCUCUACGGAAUCUGUUCAUCCCUGUGUUUCUCAACUGUUGGCUGGCCAAGUACGCGCUGGAGAACAUGAUCAACGACUUCCACCGAGCCAUCCUACGUACACAAUCAGCCAUGUUCAACCAGGUGCUCAUCCUCUUCUGCACCCUGCUAUGCCUCGUCUUCACGGGGACCUGUGGGAUCCAGCACCUGGAGCGAGCAGGCGGAAACCUGAACUUGCUGACCUCUUUCUACUUCUGCAUCGUCACCUUCUCCACUGUGGGCUUCGGUGAUGUGACCCCCAAGAUCUGGCCAUCCCAGCUCCUAGUGGUCAUCCUGAUCUGUGUGACCCUUGUGGUGCUCCCACUGCAGUUUGAGGAACUUGUCUACCUCUGGAUGGAACGACAGAAGUCAGGGGGUAACUACAGCCGCUACCGGGCACAGACGGAAAAGCAUGUGGUCUUGUGUGUGAGCUCCCUCAAGAUCGAUCUCCUCAUGGACUUCCUGAAUGAGUUCUAUGCCCACCCCCGGCUCCAGGACUACUACGUGGUCAUCCUGUGUCCCACCGAAAUGGAUGUCCAGGUGCGCAGGGUGCUGCAGAUCCCUCUGUGGUCCCAGCGGGUCAUCUACCUCCAGGGCUCUGCCCUCAAGGACCAGGACCUCAUGCGGGCCAAGAUGGACAACGGAGAGGCCUGCUUUAUCCUCAGUAGCAGGAAUGAGGUGGACCGCACAGCCGCAGAUCACCAGACCAUCCUGCGAGCCUGGGCCGUGAAAGACUUUGCCCCCAACUGCCCCCUCUACGUCCAGAUCCUCAAGCCCGAGAACAAGUUCCACGUCAAGUUUGCUGACCACGUGGUGUGCGAGGAGGAGUGCAAGUAUGCCAUGCUGGCCCUGAACUGCAUCUGCCCGGCCACCUCCACCCUCAUCACCCUGCUGGUGCACACGUCCCGUGGCCAGGAAGGACAGGAGUCUCCUGAGCAGUGGCAGCGCAUGUACGGACGCUGCUCGGGCAACGAGGUGUACCACAUCCGCAUGGGUGACAGCAAGUUCUUCCGGGAGUAUGAGGGCAAGAGCUUUACCUACGCAGCCUUCCAUGCACACAAGAAGUAUGGUGUGUGCCUCAUCGGGCUGAAACGGGAGGAGAACAAGAGCAUCCUGCUGAAUCCGGGGCCACGGCACAUCCUGGCUGCUUCUGACACCUGCUUUUACAUCAACAUCACCAAGGAGGAGAACUCAGCCUUCAUCUUCAAGCAGGAGGAGAAGCAAAAGAGGCGGGGCCUCUCGGGGCAGGCGCUGUAUGAGGGUCCAUCCCGGCUGCCUGUGCACAGCAUUAUCGCCUCCAUGGGGACAGUGGCCAUGGACCUGCAGAACACAGAGUGCCGGCCCUCCCAGGGUGGCAGCGGCGGGGGCAGUGGGAAGCUGACUCUGCCCACAGAAAACGGCUCUGGCAGUCGGCGCCCCAGCAUCGCACCUGUCCUGGAGCUGGCAGACAGCUCAGCUCUGCUGCCGUGUGACCUUCUGAGUGACCAAUCAGAGGAUGAGGUGACACCCUCAGACGACGAGGGGCUCUCCGUGAUAGAGUAUGUGAAGGGCUACCCCCCAAACUCACCCUACAUUGGCAGCUCCCCCACCUUGUGCCACCUUCUGCCUGUGAAGGCCCCCUUCUGUUGUCUGCGGCUGGACAAGGGCUGCAAGCACAACAGUUAUGAAGACGCCAAGGCCUAUGGGUUCAAGAACAAACUGAUCAUCGUCUCUGCAGAGACCGCAGGCAAUGGGCUCUACAAUUUCAUCGUGCCGCUGCGCGCCUACUACCGGUCCCGCAGGGAGCUCAACCCCAUCGUGUUGCUGCUGGACAACAAACCUGACCACCACUUCCUAGAGGCCAUCUGCUGCUUCCCCAUGGUCUACUACAUGGAGGGCUCUGUGGACAACCUGGACAGCCUGCUGCAGUGCGGUAUCAUCUAUGCCGACAACCUGGUGGUGGUGGACAAGGAAAGCACGAUGAGCGCGGAGGAGGACUACAUGGCCGACGCCAAGACCAUUGUCAACGUGCAGACCAUGUUCCGGCUUUUCCCCAGCCUCAGCAUCACGACGGAGCUCACACACCCUUCCAACAUGCGGUUCAUGCAGUUUCGUGCCAAGGAUAGCUACUCUCUGGCUCUUUCUAAAUUGGAAAAGCGGGAGCGAGAGAAUGGUUCCAACCUGGCCUUCAUGUUCCGUCUGCCGUUUGCCGCCGGCCGCGUGUUCAGCAUCAGCAUGUUGGACACACUGCUCUACCAGUCCUUCGUGAAGGACUACAUGAUCACCAUCACCAGGCUGCUGCUGGGCCUUGACACCACACCGGGCUCCGGCUACCUCUGUGCUAUGAAGAUCACCGACGAUGACCUUUGGAUCCGCACCUAUGGCCGCCUCUUCCAGAAGCUCUGCUCCUCCAGCGCAGAGAUUCCCAUCGGCAUCUAUAGGACCGAGUGUCAUGUCUUCUCCUCUGAGCCCCACGACCUCAGAGCCCAGUCCCAGAUCUCAGUGAACAUGGAAGACUGCGAGGAUACUCGGGAGGCCAAGGGGCCCUGGGGCACACGGGCCAGCUCUGGCAGCACCCACGGCCGCCACGGAGGCAGCGCCGACCCGGCUGAGCACCCGCUGCUGCGGCGCAAGAGCCUGCAGUGGGCCCGCAAGCUGAGCCGCAGAGGCAGCAAGCAGGCGGGGAAGGCACCGGUUGCCACCGAGUGGAUCACCCAGCAGAGGCUCAGCCUGUACCGACGCUCAGAGCGCCAGGAGCUCUCUGAGCUAGUCAAGAACCGUAUGAAGCACCUGGGGCUGCCCACCACUGGCUAUGAGGACGUAGCAAAUUUAACAGCCAGUGAUGUCAUGAAUCGGGUAAACCUGGGAUAUUUGCAAGAUGAGAUGAAUGAUCAUCAUCAGAACACCCUCUCCUAUGUCCUCAUCAACCCCCCACCUGACACAAGGCUGGAGCCCAACGACAUUGUGUACCUCAUCCGCUCCGACCCCCUGGCCCACGUGGCUAGCAACUCCCAGAGCCGGAAGAGCAGCUGCAACAAGCUUUCCUCCUGUAACCCUGAGACCCGGGAUGAGACACAGCUCUGAGCAGCUGAAGCCUGUGCCAGGACAGGCAGACUGGUGGGCACACUGGGUACAUUGUCAUGCUGGCCUGGCCAGGGCAAGUUAUAUUCCACAUGGUGGCUCCAAGACAGCCCCAGAAAAGAACCCCUCACUGUGGGGCCAGUCAGGAGACCACUCUAUCACCCUGGAAGCUGGCAGGAAGCAUUUUUAAACUUAUUUUUACAAAUCUGUAUGAUCCAUGACUCUUUACACAUGUACCGCAACUCGUGACUGGGGUCUGGCCAAAGUGGGAUGUGAGGGGACAAAGCAGGGACUGGACACUACUCUGGGUUCCACCGUCCCCUAGACAUGCUAAGGGGAGAGAGAAGGACCUGGAACUGGGGAAUCCCACACACAACCCCCUGCAUGGAAUGUAGCUGUGUUCUCUGGCCACCCAACCUGCUGUUUUAAUCACAGAUUCUGCAUGGCACUGGAGCCACACCAGGGCCUAUGGGUAUGCCCCCACCCCCGCAACCUGGCAAGGGGCCAGCAGAAGUGUUGUACCCUUCAAGAGGAGGUGAAAACCAGAAGAGAGCCUUGGCACUUGGGCUGGGGCUGUGCAGCCCCUGCAUGUGGGGUCCUGGAGGAGCCUUGCACCCUUGGCUAUGGAGGUCAGAUGCUGUUUCCAGUUAUUACACUGAGCUGCUCCAGCCAUGGUGUUUGGCGACACAGCCUGGCAGGCGAUAAGUCUCCAUGGACCAUUUCACACACUCAAAGCAAAGCCUUGUCUCUAAACACCUGAUCUGAGAAGCACAAUUAGCUCUGGGCUCUGCCCAUGCCUCUGGUCUCCAGAAGUAGCUCUUGGCAGCUGGCCUUGUUCCCAUUUGUGGUUUAUAUGGUCAGCACUAGAAUCUAUUAAAUGGAUGUAUUCUAUAGGCAUGUGUGGUACAUGGCAGCCCACUUUAGUUCCAGGACACUGGGUCUGCAAGACACCUGUUUAAGGGUUAGAACUGCCUCAUGUGGUUCUCCACCCUCAACCUGACCUGGUCUGCAUGGCCCUCCAAAAAUGCCAUAAUCAAAUCCCCUGUGGCUGUAGGUAGUUGAGUCUGGGCAGCUGGGGAGGACUCCCUGGAGAGCACGCCCCUGAGGUAGGUACGGCUCACCUGAGACCUACAGCUCCUGGAGAUCCUACACCUAUCGGGGAGGAAGAUGCCCCGGUGGGACUAUGUGCACCUUAUCCAUGUGCUUUUGAGCACCCUGAGAGGCUGAGGUAAAGGAAAGGGCCAAAAAACCCCAGGUUUUCCUAAUCAGAGCAGAUAGAACCCCAAGUGGGCAGAUAAUACAGGGUUAAGGUAGUUGCUGUACCUGCCUGGUGACAUUCCCUGCCUGCAUUCCAACUUGCCCCUACCCCAACUCCUUGUCUGAUUGGCACUCACCUGCUUAGAAAGAAUGGGGGACCUAGUGAGGUGGCAUGGGGGACUGGACUGUGACUACUUGGAGCCGGACCUGGGACCUAUGGGAGUGGCAGGUAGUUGACAUUGGGCUGGGGUGACCUGGGCUUGUUUCGGCUGGACUAGGGUCUGUCAGUGGCCAUCACUGCAACAGGAGGGGUCUGAGCCUGCCUUGCUCAUGCCCUUGGCCUAGACCCAUACGCAUUUUUCUGCUGGGCUAUCUGCCUGGCUGUUGAGCCCAGGACACAACAGCUGCUCUGGGCUCCAUUGGGAUGGGGCUGAAGCCCUCAAGCCAUGCUGGGAAGAGCUGCCACCCCUUUGAGGCACCUUGGGGAAAGCCACCUGACUCAUAUUUGGGUCAGGGUCUGUGUUCUCUUGUGCAGCUGCGGCACUGAGACAUUUUUGGUCUCUGAGGGGGGUCCCUCCUCCCACAGGUGGGAGCAGCUACAUCCCACCCAGUCUUCUGCCAGCUGCUAAGGAUGCCAGGCCCUGUGCAUAACUGGCACUGGGGACCAGGAGGGACUGUGCACUGAGAUGUCGGUCACCAGCUCAAUAAAAGCCACUUGCACACCUA